AUGCCGGCAAAGAGAAGAGACCCGGGAAGCUGUGUGAUCCCAUGUGAGAUGGGAGAUAAAAAGUUCCCAAAGUGCCUACUUGAUCAAGGCUCGGGAAUAUCAUUGAUGGCUCUGAAAACCGCACGGUCAAUCGGUCUAGAAGCGAGGAUUGAACCAAUCGACAUUGACCUACAAUUGGCGGAUCAUUCAAUUGUGAAACCGAAAGGUAUCAUCGAGGAUGUCUUGGUGAAGGUUGAUAGAUUUGUACUCCCGGUUGACUUCAUUGUCCUAGAGAUGGAAGAGGACAAGGAUAUGCCUAUCCUCUUUGGUAGGCCAUUUUUAGCAACCGGUGAUGUUGUGAUAGAGACCAAGACAAAUACGGUCAUGUUUCGAGUAGAUGGAGAGAAUGUGGUGAUCAAGCAAGAGAAGGCGGGGAAGCGCCUAUUGGAGCCUGGAUAG